AUAUUUCUUAUUGGAACUAUUUUCUUAUUAAUUUUUUCGUCAAUGCAAAAUCAGACUGGUUUUUUGUACUUCUAGUUGUGCCGUCCGCGGAGUCUAAGAUUUUUGACCUUUUCUAUGACAAUAUGUAUAUAUUUUUUUAAUGGGUUUCUUUUAAUUCUUUGAUUGAAUGUCUUCAUUGAUUUUUGGCCACCACCAAAAUAUAAGACGCCAAUAAGAAAUUAGCAUUUAGGAUUGGGGCUUUUAUGGUAUUUUUUUUUUCCAUCGAGGAAUAAUUUUCUGUAAUUAAAUUUAAAUGAAUCUGUGGGCGUUUUUUGAAUUUGAGAUUUGAUUGUUGAGGAAGAAGUUUGCCAUUCUUGGAGUUGAAUGGUAAAUUGCAUAAUCAAGCAAGAUUAAUUGUUUAUUCGGGUCCUCGGCUUCCUUUUUUUUUUUUUUUUUUUUUUUUUUUUAAUUUCCGAAAUUAAGUAUGGAUAAUGUGAUUGGAGGCAAAUUUAAGCUGAGGAGAAAGAUUGGAAGUGGAUCUUUUGGAGAGCUUUAUUUGGGAGUAAAUAUUCAAACUGGAGAAGAAGUUGCUGUGAAGCUGGAAUCUGCUAAAACUAAGCACCCUCAGCUUCACUAUGAAUCAAAGUUGUAUAUGCUUCUUCAGGGAGGAACUGGAAUUCCCCACCUUAAAUGGUUUGGAGUUGAAGGAGAGUAUAAUGCCAUGGUUAUUGAUCUUCUUGGACCAAGUUUAGAAGAUUUAUUUAACUACUGCAAUCGAAAAUUUACAUUAAAAACAGUUCUAAUGCUGGCUGAUCAGUUAAUUACUAGAGUUGAGUACAUGCACUCUAGAGGUUUUCUUCACCGUGAUAUAAAGCCUGAUAACUUCUUAAUGGGGUUGCGCCGCAAAGCAAGUCAGGUAUACAUCAUUGACUACGGGCUUGGAAAGAAAUACAGGGAUCUUCAAACUCAGAAGCACAUACCGUACCGGUAUGAAUAUGAUGAGCUAUUGUUUUACUAUAUAAUGACUUUAGUAAUCUUUUUCGAUUAUGGUUCCCAACUAUGCCAUUGGCAAUUGUUGAGCGCGGUACUAAGAGUAAUAAUCUUUCAAUAUUUGUUCACCGGCCAUGGGGAAGGAGAAAGAGGGACGGAUUGUGGGGCUAGGUUGAAGGUGUUAAGAGGAACAGCUUGUAAGCUUGGCUCAAGGUGUUUGUCCUGUGGUCUUUAUUUGUAUGAAGGGAUAUGCACAUCACUGCAUCUAACUCAAGAGCACACGAAAGCUCUUGUUCUCUUAGUAGUGGGAUUGGGAAAAGUUCACAUUGGUUUUUCUGCCAUUCACCACCAACUGAAGAAAAACAGAAAUAUCACUUUCUGUCUCCGGCAAGCAGCAACUACUCCAAUUAUCGGUUUUUUUCUGUUCACAAAGUGCUUGGUUCCGAUUAGCAACCCAAAUCAAAGUGAACUACGUUAUGAUUUGAUAUCCUUUAUGGGGUACAUAGGCAGCUUGCGAAGUGAUGAAAAAAUAUGUCAGGACAUAGCGGGAUUCCCCAUCUCCCAUGAUUCCUUUCCCAGUGUCUAUAUUCCCCCCUCUUCCAAGUCUCAGGCUGAACCUCACGGAAGAAUAUCGGNAUUGAAAUAUCCACAGAUUGGCUCGAGUUCUAGACAGCCAAUGGGGAAAUUACCUAUAAACCCUGGACCUUCGGCUGAAAGAGUACAAAAGACUCCAGUGAAGCAAGAAGUUCGAGACAGAUUCUCUGGUGCAGUUGAGGCAUUUGCCAGAAGGAAUGGUUCUGUUGGAGGCUUGCAUGGGGAUAACUUGAGGUACAAAUUGUCAGACAGCUUGCCAUCAUCAAAAGAUGUGCAAACUGAUUCUGAAAGAGGACGGUUGUCUUGCACUGGUAGUACAUCAAAGAGGGCGGUACUAUCAAGCAGCAGGCCAAGCUCCAAUGGGGAAGCCAGUGAAAAUCGCACUAGCCGGUUAGGAUCAGGCAGCGGUCGACUAUUCUCCACUCAAAGAUCACAACCGGGAUUUGAGUCCAAAUCGUCUUCUUUUACUCGUGCUACAGUCUCUAGAGGCGGCCAUGAUGACGCUCUCCGGAGCUUCGAGCUUCUAAGAAUAGGCUCAGGGAAAAGGAAAUAAGGGUAUUUCAUAACUGAAAUAUUUGGUUCUUGUGCUAAAGCCUCAUUGCUCCUACAUUAUGAUGGAUAUAAAGCGACCCUAUUGUAUACAUUUGUGACUCGAGUACCCUGUACGAAAACAUGGUUUCAUUACUGGGGGCGAUGUUAACAGCGCUAAAAGUCAGCUGUCGUCUCCGGAUAUUGUUACUUUCUGAUUCUUGCUUUAACCUUUUAUUGUAACCCAAUAAAGAUGCAUGUGAUUGUAUUGCUAAAGUAAUCUGUUCAAGACUAUUGUAUGGUCCAACUAGUUCUUGUCUUAUCAACUAUUGUACAGCUUUCUACUCCUA